AGAAGCUGCCCCGUUGCCCAAGCUAACUCUUCCCACGCAACAGCAAUAUAAAGAGUCCUCCCUUCCGAACCUUCGCAAUAGCUCGCAUAUUGUCGUCGUCUUCUUCACAGCAAACUUACGCGCUCUUAACUUUCUCUUACACAAUGCCUCGCCGAAGCUCCGGAGGAAGACCAGCUUCCCGCCCUGCUACCCGUGCACCAGCACACAAUCCUCCUGCGCCAGCUUCUCCUGCUCCUCCUCCAGCACCUGUAAAAGGUGGAAAUGGAUCCAUAAUGGGAGGACUUGGUGCCACCAUUGCAGAUGGCAUGGCCUGGGGUACCGGCACUGCUAUGGCUCACAGGGCUGUGGAUGCUCUGAUGGGUCCUCGUGUGAUCCACCAUGAAACUGUUGCUUCAUCAGCUCCUGCUGCUGCACCAGUGCCAAACACGACUGUUCAUGGAGGUUCUGAUGCUUGUGUUGGUCAAUCCAAGGCCUUAAGUGAUUGCCUGACCAAUUAUGGCAGUGACAUAAGCAAGUGCCAGUUCUACAUGGACAUGUUACAAGAAUGCCGUCGAAGCUCGGGGACUGCCUUGAACGCUUGAAAUCAAUAACGGCGAAAUCUAAUAUGUGCCUUCAUUUUUCCUCCCUCACAAAUAGGUGUCAUGUUAUUUUGUAUGUUCUUCUAAUUGGUUGGGCCUGAAUGUUCUCAGGUGGAACUUACCAUGUGAUGUUCGGGAAGAUAAUGGCCCUUUAUAUACACAUUACUUGUAAUAAUAUCUUUCCUGGAUUUUAUGCA